AAUAGUUGUGGACUGUUGCUUAAUUUCCGCGCAGCAAGGCUCACUGGCUUUAGGCAUGCCGUACAGCUUCUCGUAAUGCCUAUCUUAUCAAAGGUUCCGAAAUGACGCACUGACUUACCAUAAGCUAUAACUUUUUCGUAGUAAUGCUGUGAAAUAGAGUUUUCACUGGAGCUUUAUUUCAUCGCAUCCCUCUCUCUCUUCUUUACACCAUACACAAAAUGCCUUCAUAUGCCAUCGUACCUUCGUCCUCACACCACGGCCACGGCCAUGGUCAACCUAUCGUAUAUCCUACUAGUCGUCGCUCAGGCUCACACUCGCGACAUGGCCACCGUGGACAAGAAUAUUACACAGACGGGACUCCCGUACACCAUUCCACAUCACUGAGACGUCAUGUAUCAGCUGGCUAUCAAGGGAGUUAUGCAACUCCAGUCUCCACAGCCCACUAUACACCUUCCUCUCAUCACUCUCACCAUCACGGUGGAGGUCACCACCACUCUCACAGUGGAGGGGCAAAUUAUUACACUGUGCCAGCGAGUCCGCGUCUCACCAGCGGUAGAAGCCGUCAUCAUCACAGCUCUUCGAUGCCACCAGUGAUCGAUAUGCGAAAACACGGGAACGGACACCACAUCGUGCAAUCUGAUUCUGGAAGACACCACGGAUACUAUGACGCCCACCCGAGUCAUGGCUCCCACCAAUAUCGCACGCCCAGCAUGGGAGAGCGGUUUCGCUCCUUCUUUGGGAUGGACCCAUCCUACAGCUCACGGCCCGCCUACCAAGACCCACGCCAUCAUCAGAGUAAACACCGCACGCGAAAGGGUCUGUGGUGUUUUGGAGCAGUGGACCACAGAGGCUUAGUUGACAAGCAUGGGCGUGAAGUUGACCACCGCGGAAGAUUGAUUCACAAGUUUUAACUUUGGGAUAUGAACCUGAUGAAAAGCGCUUCGUUCAUGCUAUUAUCUUUAUAAGUACCUUAAGAUUUUCUGUCUUGCACUCAUCAUGUACUGUACCAAUAUCCGAGUCAUAGUUUCAUGCUAGGGUUACUGGGGUCCGUCAUUUGGGAGGACUCCAGGGGACGUUACAUUAUGAUAUGCUAUCCUGUGACUGUCCAUUUUUUGUAGGCGUUCGUGUCACGCUUUCUUUGUCUUCCAACUUGAACAGU